GAUCGAUUUUUCUACCAAGCAAAACGUCUGCUCGUUGAGAGGAAAAACACCUUGUUCCGCUGCCUACCUUACCUGCCACCCCAGAAACGAAAACCAAGCUUGAUGCAUUCAGUAGCGAUGUUGGCCAAAUAGAUAGCGUCAUGCUGAUGCGAUCCGACAUGUCACGACGGAUGAUGGCGGGUGGGUGGAGGUUGGUGGGAUGGAGCUCUUAGGUUGGGCUGGUGACGGAAUAAAAAAAGAAUGCAGCCUUUUUGACCCCCCCAUCUCUCCUCCCUGCAAGCCUUUGCAUGCAACCUCUGAAGUGGUCACGGACCACUUUCAAUGUCCAGAUCGGCCAACCAGAGACUAAAAAAUAGUGGACCCACCUUGGCACCAACGACUUCCCAUGAACGCUUCACUCCAUCUGGGAACCAGACCAAACCCUACCUAUGUCUACCUAAUCCCGUACCCACGCGCAACGCCCACGUACACCCCAGACGAUUUGAGAAUCAGAUGCUUCACGGCCAGAGGUUUAAUAUUUGAUAUUUUUGUGGCGCAUAACUCACCAACGAGGCGCCCAGUUCGAUAACCGGCGACGACGGGCGCAACUCCAGCUUGUCCAACAUCCAGAUUCCAGAAUCCCAUCCCAUCCCACCCACACCCACUUGGGCGAGCGGUCCAUUAUCACGAAUCAUCUGAGCAUCGCUUCAGAUCAUCGGUUACAACCCGAACAUUAUCUCCGUCAGAUUGUCCACAGUCCUGCUUCCAUCUGCCGCGCGCCGCGGCUACCACUUGUCGCCCAAGAGAAGGACCUUGACAAAUCUUGGAAAGCGGGAUCCGAUAACGGCUACGAAACAUGGCUUCGUCCUCGUUCCGCCAUUCUAUCAACUCACUUGGAUGGGCGCGUCGCGACACCGACCUCCCAGUUCACACUUCUCGACAAACCGGUCUCUUCUCGUCGCUUCAGUCGUUAAAUCCGUUUGGUGACCGGGGUUAUGUUCAACUUCCAACAACCCAGGGCCCCGGGGCUCCCUUACCAGCACCCAGUCGUCGCGAGGAGGAGGAGGGGUGGUUUGCAUUGAGCCGAUGGGACCGACUCUUGAUAUUUGCUGCUUGCAAUAUUGCUGCGCUAGUCUGCUUCGUCCUUGUUAUUGCUCUCUUUCCGGCCCUGAGUCUUGCAAGACCACGUAAACUCAUGAUCUUAUGGACACUGGGCUCUAUUCUCUUCCUUUCCUCCUUCGCCGCUGUUAUGGGUCCAUGGGAAUACGUGCAGCACUUGACUUCGAGGCCGAGGCUGCCCUUCACUGCUGCCUACUUUGGCUCCUUGGGGUUGACCAUUUACUUUUCGAUCGGUCUUCAAAGUACAAUCCUCACGAUAUUCUCAGGCCUUAUUCAACUUGGUUGCCUAAUCUGGUAUCUGGUCAGCUACUUUCCCAUGGGAUCGAGCGGCCUUCGCCUUGUGAGCAGUUUUGGUGCGCGCAGAGCCGCGACUUGGAUGACCGGGUAGAAAAAAGCGUUGGCCAUGUAAUGUAUCAGACACCCCUUGUUGUUGGAUUUUUUUAAUUGCUGCUGAGGUUCUCAUCCUCGGGUUGUAUAAAUAAUAGACGUAUGGUAUUAUUGGAUUAUUGUUGACGUUAUCGGUUACGCAUGAGGCGACGUCCUGCUUAAUCAUGACCAA